CGCCUGACGAUGCUCCGAUUCGCUUCGGGUUCGCGGCGCUGCGCCACACGGAGCCCCGUGGGCAGCGCUUGUUCGGUGCCUUAAAGCACCCAGUGAUGAGGCGGUGGGAAAUCGGCUUCCCGAAGUGCCAACUUGAGACGACCGAAUUUAAAUUCCUGUAUAUAAUAUAAUGUCUGUUAGCCGCCCGUUACGGUCGCUUUACUUAUUUUUUUUUUGCUGGAAGUAUGUCCAGGCGAGGGCUGCAAAGAUGAUCAGAGGGCCGGAGCAUCUCCUGUGCGAGGACAGGCUGAGAGAGUUGGAGUUGUUCAGGCUGGAGAAGAGAAGGCUCUGAGGAGACCUUAUAUCGACCUUCCAGUACCUGAAGGGACUACAGGAAAGCUGGGGAGGGACUGUUCACAAAGGCUUGUAGUAAUAGGAUGAGGGGCAAUGGUUACAAACUGGAGAGGGGCAGGUUUAGACCAGACAUAAGGAGGGAUUUCUUCUUUAUGAGACUGGUGAGGGUCUAGCACAGUCUGCCUGGGGAAAUUGUGUUUGCCCCAUCCCUGGAGGUGUUCAAGGCCAGGUUGGUUGGGGCCUUGGGCAGCCUGGUCUGGUGAGAGGUGUCCCUGCCCAUGGCAGGGGGGUUGGAAUUGGAUGGAUGAUCUUUAAGGUUCCUUCCAAUCCAAACCAUUCUGUGAUUCUAGUCUAUGUAGGGAAUUCUAGGAUCUUGCGAAACUGCUACCUGAGACAGUUAUUGUAAAAGAACGUUUCCUUUGGCUAAAAGGAAGAAGGAAAGUGUUUUUUGUCUUAGUGGGUUUUUCACUUCAAAUGAAAAUAAAAUAAACUGACUAAAAAGCAAAAAAAUAAAUCUAUGAACAGUUGCGGAAUCCAAAUGUUUGGCAGAAUAUAAUUCUCAAGGUUAUUUGGUAUGACCAGCAUAAGUAAACUAAGGACAAGCUUUGGAACUGACUCCUCUUUGCCCACUUGCAUCUCUGCAGGACUAGAGCCAUGUGUACUAGACUGUCUACCCUGACUGUCUACCCUGAGUUUUUAUCAGUAUAAGGACUUCUGGUACUUGAUGGCUUUCACUGCUCUUCUCAAGCUAGGACGAUGGUGAUCUUAGUGGCCCCCAGUGUAAGAUCUUACUGAUUUCUGGUAUGAUGCUCUUGCAGUAGAAGAACAUGCUGCUGACAGUAGGUCUUCAUCUGCUUCAUAGGCACAGUAGCUGAGACACUGCAAGUUGCGUGUGGAUGCUUCCGUGCAAAAAUAGAUUCUGCACUAAACCAGUUGGGUAGUUUGAAGUACACAGUCCAAGCCACAGAGAAGCACCUUUUUUUAUUGUUAAAGAUUCUUUUGCAGCCUACAGCACUGUGUGUAUAUCACAUAAAAGAGGUUUUGAAAUACAUAUUCUGUUUUUUUUAUCUCCCAUCCAGCACAGCAAGUAUAUUAAAACCACACAGAAACGUGCACGCUCCCUUUAAGCCCAUCUUUGCAAAACACGGGGUGGUAUUGCCUCAGUUAACUUUGAGCAGAGGCUGGAAAGCGAUAGUCUACCUGUGCCUGUCUAAAAGCAAAGAAGCUACAACAGCCCUGAAACCGAAGGACAGCUUUUGAAUUCCUUUGUCCAGUAUUUUGGUGACAGCCUUGAGAGGAAGAUUAAAAGAAUGCCUUUAAUUGAAGAAACUGUUCUGCUUGGGGACUCCCUCCUUACUCUGCCUGUAGUAGUAAUAGGAAAUGGACCUUCAGGAAUUUGUCUUUCUUACCUGCUCUCUGGAUACAGGCCAUACUUAUCUCCUGAUGCCAUUCAUCCGAACCCCAUUCUACAUACAAAAUUAGAAGAGGCUCGACAUCUUUCCAUUAUUGAUCAAGAUCUGGAGUACCUGUCUGAAGGCCUCGAAGGGCGCUCUUCAAACCCAGUUGCAGUGCUUUUUGAUACACUGCUUCAUCCUGAUGCUGACUUUGGGUAUGACUACCCACCGGUUUUGCACUGGAAGCUAGAACAACAUAAUUAUAUUCCCCAUAUAGUGCUUGGUAAAGGACCACCUGGUGGGGCUUGGCAUUCCAUGGAAGGCUCUAUGCUAACAAUCAGUUUUGGAGACUGGAUGGAAUUGCCUGGCCUCACCUUUAAGGAGUGGGCAGCUAGCAAACGCAGAAAUAUAAAGAGUGAUCGAGUAAUGCCAGAGGAAAUAGCUUGUUAUUAUAAACACUAUGUUAAAGUCAUGGGCCUCCAAAAGAAUUUCAGAGAUAACGUUUACAUAACAUCAGUAUCCAGGCUUUGCCGGGGAAAGGAUGAUGAAGACAGAAGUCAACUAAAUGAAAACUUUUCAACACAGCACUUGGAAGAUGGACAGAAAUCAUUGAUUAAGAGAAACUGGGAAGUCAGAGGCUAUCAGCGAGCGACAGAUGGUUCUCAUGUGCCCUUCUGCCUCUUUGCUGAGAAUGUGGCACUUGCCACAGGAACUUUUGACUCUCCUGGACGACUACAAGUUGAAGGAGAAGACUUCCCUUUUGUGCUUCAUUCCAUGUCUGACUUCGGAGCUGCUAUCAGCAAAGGAAAGUUACGUGGGAAAGCAGAUCCUGUGUUAAUUGUGGGUGCUGGACUUACAGCAGCUGAUGCAGUGCUGUGUGCCUACAACAACAACAUCCCAGUAAUUCACGUGUUUCGUAGAAGAGUUACUGAUACAAGUCUAAUUUUCAAACAGUUACCUAAAAAGCUUUACCCUGAAUACCAUAAGGUCUAUCAUAUGAUGUGUACUCAGUCACAUACUAUGGACUCUAAUCUACAUUCUGCUUACACUAGUUUUCCUGAACACAAUGUACUUUCUUUCAAGCCUGAAAUGAAAUGUGUUCUUCAGAGUGCCUCUGGACUGAAGAAAAUUUUGAAGUUUUCUGUAGCCUUAGUUCUGAUAGGUUCUCACCCAAAUCUUUUCUUUUUAAAGGACCAAGGACAUAGCAUAGGCCAUCACUCUAAUCAGCCCAUCACAUGCAAGGGGAAUCCUAUAGAGAUUGAUCCAUACACUUAUGAAUGCACUAAAGAAGCUAACCUCUUUGCUUUAGGCCCUCUGGUGGGAGACAACUUUGUGCGGUUUCUAAAAGGAGGUGCAUUGGGCAUUGCACGAUGCUUGGCAGUAAGACAAAAGAAGAAACACGAAUUGAUGGAAAGUGGGGAUGGAGGAGGUGAUGGGGUACCAUAAAUGAGAUGUUAGAAACUUUCACAUACAGGAUUACAAAUGUAGUCUAACAGAACACUCACUGGCAGCGAAAGUUGAUAGCAGUCAAAUCUCUGUUGUAUACAAGUAACCUGCACUUGUAUUGCUUGGUAAAGGAUGCUGAUACUACAGUACUUCACCUUUUCAAAAUACAAAAAAUUGAUCUGCUGUUACAACUGAUCUCUACUCAACUGGAAUUACUUCCAGAUAAACAGAAAAUGAGACUAACUUAUAUUGUCCUGCCUGUCAUCUCUUGCUCAGCUAAAAGAGCAGAAUUCCUCUGGGAAAAUCAAUGCCUACCAGAGUGGCUUUACAAUUUAGUGUCAAAGGUGACAACAUAUUUUUACCAAGAAAUUAAAAUAACUUACAAAAGCAAAAAACUUGCUUAGUACAAAGUGAUUCUUGGUCCCAAAGCAAAUUUGGAGUCUUCUCUUUGAAACGAGGAUGUUUAUUUAUUUGCCAUAGCAAUACAGUAAUAGUUGGCAUGAGCACUUAGGAAAAUGUUUUUUACUGUAAGAAGGAUUUCUGUAAGCAAGAAGUAUUCCUCAACAGUUAUAAAUUAUCCUAUUUGAUAAUUGCAAUAAAAGAAUAAACAUUCCCAUUUAAUCUUUAACACACAUGAUUUGACACAAUCCAUUAAUGCCUAUGCCUAGAGUUGGGUGAGUGCAGAGACUAACAUGAGGUGUUCCCCCUACAGUGAUGUCUACAUUCUGAGAAUAUGCAUUUAUGUAAACAAUAAAGUACUGCUGUAAGUGCUCUUAUUACAGAGUCAAUAUAAUUAGUGUACUACUGAAAAAUUAAGUACCUGAGAAAAUGGAAGGGGUUUUUGCUUCCUAGCUCAGGAAGACUGAAUGGGAUCACUUGACUGAUGAAGGUGGGUGAUAGAUAGUCUCAUGUCCCAUUUGACCAAGUACUGGUUAUUUCUCUUUUUUUUUUAGCUUGCAGUUUUUGAAGCUUGAAAAUGGCUCAUGUCUUACAGCCAGCUAAAAAAUAAACUAAACCCAAAACAAACAUGCUGUAGUUCCUGUAAAUCUUAGAGCUUGUAAUGAAAGACAAAGACUUAACUUUGUACCUACCUCUGAAUUGAACUUUCAUCUUUCUGCUUCAUAACAUAAUACCUAGAUUUCACUUGCUGAAAAAGUUUACCCAAACACAUUUAUGGGAAAUUCACCAUAGUGAGGUAAGCAACAGCUUGUUAGAUAAACUUCAGUUAAUUUCCAGAACUCUGACUAGGCCAAGUGCUCGGUUUAAAGUGAUUUACUACCAAACAUUUUAAUUCAGGUCCAAUGUGAUGGAAUAGAUGUUAUUUAAUUUAAUUUUUUGUUUGGGGCUUUUUUUUUGUGUUGAAGAAUGUCAUGUCAGUUUAAGGUAUUGUAUUUGCAUGAUUAAAAUCUCCGUAUUAGAACUUGAGCAGAUUUCUGAAAGGAAACUAGGCUUAGACUUUGUGAAACUGCUAGUGUGUGCUGGUUUCCUAGCUGUCUAACUUUCCUAAUUUGUAGAUGCCUGUAUGCAAUAAAUGGCUGUUUUCUGUGCCUACUGAAUUACGAGGUUCUGUGGCUACUGCAGGCCGUUGUGCUUGAGUAAGUUACUCUAACUUUCAACUUAGAAGUUGAAAAGGUAAUGUAUGCAAGGAUUAAAAUGAAUAUUUUAAAAUGGAACUCCAAAAUAAUCUAUGAACCGAUGCUACUACUAAUACUAAAUUUUAGUUUAGAGCCAACUCAAUAGUGUAAAAAUAAACAAAUGAAGCAACAUUUUUAUUAAUUUCUGCGUUGAAUUUCUGUUUGGUUGAAUUUAACCAUGCAUUGUCAAUACUAGUUAAAGAUAUACUUUUUUAUACUGGUAUUUGAGCUGGUUUUAAUUAUGCUAAAUUCUAGGUUUAUUUUCUUCGUAACUGAAUUGAGAUUCUAUAAUUUGCCUUCUUUGGCAGAAACUGUGUAAACCUAUCCUAAACCUGUGAUAUCUGAUAAUUUUAACUGAGAAUCAGUGUUAUAAGUGCUAAAUACUUGAUUAUAGAACUUUAUUUCAGUUAAUAUAUUGGGAAUACACUUGCGCUGUGAUUGAAUUCCUUCAUUUUUGUGUCAAUAUGUCUGAAUACAACAGAUCAUGGGAUGUUACUGCAUUUUCAUUUGUCACGUGAAAUUUGUAAAAUGCCAACAAAACAAAUGAAGCAAUUUACCUUGUUUUGCAAAAAGCAGGGGGGGAAGCUUCAAACAGUCAAAUCUCUAGCCUCAGCUGCUAUGGUUCUUUACAGGUUGUGUGUGUUGCAGUGACAAAUUUUUAGCAGGUAUUUUAAUCCUGUUAGUACACAGGUAUCUUUCACUGAAGUGUUACAGCACCUUGAGGUUUAACUGACUUCUUUUUUACCUUCUCUCAGUCUUGCUGGUAUUUUUGAGAUAAAAUUGCAUCUGUCUAGACCCCUUAGUUGGGCAGAGAAACUUUCUCAGUGGUCACGGUUAUCAAGCCAGUAUAACCAAAGCUUUACUGAAAAAUCAUCCUGUUUCUUCUAGGAAUUACUAGGUUGAAAGUUGUAGCUGGAGUUUCUUGCUGUUGGAUUUCCGAUUUUGAGAGAAUAAGAGAUGUAAAAAUUAAAGCCUCACUUUAGGAUAGUUUUACCUAAAGCAUUAUAUCAUGCUUACUGCAUUUAUUAUGGAUUAGAUGUUGGCACUGAAUAGUUGUUGUUUGGGAAAUAUUUUGUUUAAAAAAAAAUAAAAAUUCGAAUUUCUUGUAUGUUACAUUAGUUCCCAGAAGGAAAACUGCUUUUUUCAUCUCCUCUUUGAGUGAGAAAGAUAAGCUUUGAAAGAUCAGGAUUUAAAAAGGAUGCUUAGUACUUAAACUUUAUUAUUAAAAUACAGGUAGGAAGAAUAUAAUUUUUAGCUGAAAGAAUUUCAUUUGGAUUUACAGAAUUUGUAAAGGUAUGUUAACACAUACUGUGUGGUUUCUAAUAUGCUAGCGGGUAAAUGUCUUUUAUAUUUGGGUUUGGCUCUUGAUGCUGAAGUUCUCUCCUAGCUAAAUUAUUCCUAAGAUUAUUUUGAGUAGUAUUGAGCUGUUGAACUGGAACUAAGAUUUGUGAUAGUAGAUUUCCCUAACAUAGUGAUAGUGUGAUAGUAGAUUUCUCUAACAAUCUGCCUGGUUUGUGAUUACUUAACAAUGGUGCUUGUUAAUGAAGGCACCUAAUGGGGCAGUAGGAAACAGCACAGUCUUUCUUUUGGUAAGUGAUUGACUUCUGCUUAAAACAAUUUCCACAAAAGAAUAAAGUUCAGUUUUACUGCGAUGCGUAAACACAGAAAUCUGUUCUGCAAGUAAUCCAGACAGAGUGGUGACAAUAACAGGUUCUCCUCUUGCUCAGGAAAAUGCAUUGCCUGAGGCUGGCAGGCUGGGCUUGCCAGUGAAUGCAUGGAAAGGGAAUUACUUCCAUAAACAGCACCUAUAUAUUAAGUAAGGGACACGAAAGUGCAUCCCACAGCUGUAGGUCCCGAGUCCUGAGCACUUCGGCAAUUGUUGGGGUAUACUGUAUUUUCCUUCUGGCCUGCUGAGUAUAGGCACCUUUUUUUUUUUUUAAUGAUUAAUUCCACUGAAUGAUCCUUACUAGGUCAGUAAGGUGGUGUGCAAAGAGGCUUGGUUGCACUGUUACCAUGUUUUCUACUUCUGAAAAAGCAAGAAGUUGGUUUUAGGUCACUGCAGAAUCUGUGUUGUAACAGUGCUAGCUCCCAAAUGUUUCCAGACAGCAAGAGGCAGCACAUGUAUGCCUUAAAGGCAGCCGAUUAUUCCAUUUUAUUAUCAUCCAUAUAGUAAUGAUUUCAUUUUGAAGAAGUUUUAGAACAAAAAAUGCUAAAAGGUUUACACCUACACUUUAACUUAGGUAAUAAAGUAACAACAUUCUGUCAUUGCUUUGGAUUAUUUUUUGAGGUGAGUGCAAGAUGGGAGCACAGUACCUCAAGUGACAUGACAGCUUUUUGGACACUGACUUCCCCCUCCUCCCCUUGCCCAACCUGAAAUAAAAUUCAUACUUCAUUUGAAAUAACUAUAAUUGAUUCUAUUUAGCAGAAACAAAGGAUACUGAAACAUUCUUUGACAAAGAAGGGCAGGUUUUGGUGACAUUAAGUGUACGAAUUGUAGCUAGGAUAUUAAAUUAUAAACAGCUCUUUUUCUGAAAAAUGCUGCAUUUUGGGAAUGUGGUACAAAUAAGGUGUUUAUGUUUAGCUAAUAUAUGAAGCUUGAAUUACACAAGGAAAUGCAUGAUCAAGGAUGACUUUGGCAUAAGGAACAAGGAUUACUGAGCCGGGGGGGGAAGUCUUGCAGUAUAAUUUAGUAAUUAUAGUGAAGCUCAGCACUGUUUUAGGGAUGGUUUUGUCUUUGCAGACACUAUGGGACACCUCAGCUUAUACAAACUGUGAACUUGAGUUCACAUUACACCAGACUGCAUGCUAGCUGAUUUUCUAACAGUAAUUUUUUUGUAUUCAUAGGGCAUAUUAAGAUAACUUUUAUAACCUAGAGGUCAUCAGUAGUCAUCAGAACCUGGGAAAAAAUACACUUUGUAUUCUUAGCUGUCCCAUCCUUUUGAAAGGACUCAUUCUGGUGACUGAAUUAAUCUAAUUUGCACUUUCCUCUCUUUAUUCUGAGAUCACUGGCAAUGUACAAGCAUCAGCCUACGUCACCUACAGUGGAUGCUUGAAAGAACUAAAAUUCAUAUUCCUGGACAUCCUCUGUAGACUUACAUGCCCACAUAAAGAAAAUGAAAAAGGUUUAAUAUGUAUUCACAAAAUAUUAUGGAAUCUUGGCAUUUUUAGGUUCUUUUUCAGUGAGGUAUGUAGGGAAAAAAAUAGUUGUCCACAAAUCUAAAGCGAGAGACAAGGUGAUCAGAGAGUUUUGAUACAGUUCCAGAGCAUAUUCCAUGGAGAGGGAAAUGGUUUGUUUUCAUCAGUUUAGAUUCUAGGACCAGCUUCUAUGUGAAUGCUGAGUUAUUGCUGUUCAAGAACUGAUCCUGCUACCUUACAUCUAGCUGUCACAAUCUGGAAAGCCCAUACUCUGAUCUCGCCCAUUCUGUUAGUUCUGGUACACUGGUUGUGGAUGUUCAGUUCUAAAUGAGAUAAAGGCUUAAAUUCAUCCACUUAAUUUUUUUUCACGCACACUACACCCAGACUUGGAGAUACAAUACUAUGUAAAUGUCAUUUCCAUGUGAAAUGCAUCAGUAUUUCCGCUUUUGCUGGAGUAUGUUUGGGUCAUACCCUUUUUGUUCAGUGAGCAAUGUAAAUGUGCAGAGAACAUUUCAGCUGAUGUAUAUUCUUCUAAGCUGCAAGCAACUUGUGAGCUAAACCUCAGCUUUGAUUAGAUGAUAAAUGUACCCGAGACUUGCAUGCUAAGCUUGGUCUAUCUUCAUCUGUGAAAACUGACAGGUGAAAGGCUGAAGGAAUAAUAUUAAACCAGUUUCACCUGGAAGUCAAUUAUUUUUGUUUCAAGAAGUGAGGAACUCUUAAGUCAGAGGGGG